GCGCAACGUCAUUAGUCACAUGACCGCUCGGCGCCGAGUUUGAAAUUAACUGCUGUGAGGAGACGAGGGACCGGUGAACGGGGCUAGAGCCGGAAAGAUGCGGAGGAGCUCUGUCACUAACAGGCAGUCCACGGUGCCGCUGCGGGUCCAGGACAGCAACCGGCCAUGUGUGACCACCCCCCAGGCUAAGGAGGGACUGGGAAAACUAAGUCUGACCAGACCACAAUCCGGGACCUCAGAGAGGAAGACCAGCUUUUUUGGGAGAAGGACCAGCAGCACUAGAAACAGUCAGUAUGGGGCUUUUGGUGGCUCUGAGAAGAUUAAGGACCCGCGGCCUCUCCAUGAUAAGUCCUUCAUCCAGCAGUGUAUCCGCCAGCUGUGUGAGUUUCUCAAUGAACAUGGCUACUCGCAGACCCUCACGGUGAAGUCCCUGCAAGGCCCCUCCACCAAGGAUUUCCUGAAGAUCUUCGCCUUCAUCUACAGCUUCAUCUGCCCAAACUAUGAAAUCCCCAACUCCAAGUUUGAGGAGGAAAUUCCCAGAGUGUUCAAAGAGUUGGGGUAUCCGUUCGUCUUGUCCAAGAGCUCGAUGUAUACAGUGGGGGCCCCGCACACGUGGCCGCAGAUCGUGGCGGCUCUCGUCUGGUUGAUUGAUUGUGUUAAGAUGUCCUGUGUGCUAAAGGAAGACAACCACGUGUUCGAGGAGCCACAAAUGUCUGAAACAAGUGAGGAGGGGAUUGACUUCAAUCAGCUGUUCCUGGAUUACACCAUCCGCUGCUACCAGCAGUUCAUGAAAGGAGGGGACACGUUCGAGGAGAUAGACUCCGAGGUGCAGUUCCGGCUCAAGGACAUGUACGGCGUGGAGGAGUCUCAGCUGGAUUCUCUGCAGGCCGAGGGGAGGCGACUAAUGGAGGAAAUAGAGCGGCUGGAGAAGGACAAGGAGAGGGAACCGGACCGUUUAGCCUCUAUGAGGAAGCUGAAGGUUUCCCUCCAAGCAGACAUCCAGAAAUACCAGAACUACCUGACGGAGAUGGAGUCUCACUCCACCUUACUGGACCAGCGGGUCAGCAGCGUGAGCGAGGAGCUGGAGGCCACAGAGAUGGAAUAUGAGGCCAUAAGACAGGAGAACAUGCGGCUGAAGAACAUCCUGGACAACCAGAAGUACUCCAUCGCCGACAUCGAGAGGAUCAAAUACGAGGAAAACGAGCUGCAGGAGACCAUCACCAAGCUGAGCAAAGAGCUGGACGAGGAGAAGCAGCACCUGUGGAGCGAGGAGAUGAAGUACGCCAAGAUCAAGGAAUCGGUGGAGACACAAGUGGCAGAGUUCCACAAAGUAGCGCGGAAAGUGAGGCUGAUUCCAUCCACGGCAGAAAACGCCGGCAGCCAUGACUUCCAGAUCGAGUACAACGUGAACAGCGAGCAGGGCGGCCUAAACCGCUGCAGGAACAAGAUCAAUCUCCCCCUGCUGGAGUUCCUGACAAAAACAGAAGGGCAGAUCACUGGCGCCACCAACAAGAAGAUGGAAGCGGAGGAUCUGGUGGAGCAGUUAAAUUCAUUGAUUGUAGAGAAGAGAAAUGACACCAAAAGCCUCAAAGAGGAAGCGCAGAAGCUGGAGGAUCUCAGUGUCCAGAAAGUGGAGGAGGCAGACAAGGAGGAGAAGCGAUGGACCGCAGAGAUGGACUCGCUGGAGAGACAUCGCCACCUGCUGGAGUCCGGGGUCAACAAGAGUCUGGAAGAAGCCACGAAGGACCUGCAGAAGGCUCGGCAGGAGCUGCAGCUGGUGGAACAUCAGACCGAGGAGGAGUUGAGGACGGUGGCGAAUAAGCUGGUCCCGGUGGUGACCGCCGUGGCCUCUCACAUGGCAGCGAUCGAGAAACACGUGGAGGAGAAGCGGCUGAAGAUGGAGCGCGAGUACGAGGAGUUCAAGCGCGAGGACCUGCUGCUUGACCUCCGGGAACUGCUGGCAAAAUACAAGGAAAAGGCCCAAGUCCUGAGUCAGGAGGCCAGGAAGUAGACACCACGCGCGCCCCCACCUCGCCGCUGUACAGGACACCCCCCCCCCCCCCCAGUUACGGCUUUUAUUCUACAUGUUUAGUGUUUCAGUGUCAUCUGUUUUGGAUGUUGAUCUUCGUUUUUAUAUGUGCCCCCCCCCCCUAUUUAUACAGAUUGCACCCCAUUGUAUAGAGCUUUAUAGGAUCCGAAAC